UUCAGCCUGGUGUCCUCUCAGCCUCCCUCUGCGUCUCCUCAUCAGACCACUGUCUCUCCUCUCCUCAACUCAGCCAUCACUUCUAACAGCAUAACAACCACAGAGAGGAUCAGCCUUCGACCAGCGACAGAAUGCCUUUCGGGGGAGGAAACAAGUGCGGCUGCUGCCAGAAGACCGUCUACUUCGCUGAGGAAGUGCAGUGCGAGGGGAAGAGCUGGCACAAAUCCUGUUUUCUAUGCAUGGUCUGUAAGAAGAACCUGGACAGCACAACAGUGGCCGUCCAUGUGGAUGAGAUCUACUGCAAAUCAUGCUAUGGCAAGAAGUAUGGGCCAAAAGGCUACGGCUUCGGAGGUGGAGCCGGCACUCUGAGUAUGGACACAGGAGAAGGACUUGGGAUCAAGCCUGAAGUCCAAGCUCCUUUUCGUCCCACAAACAACCCCAACGCCUCAAAGUUUGCUCAGAAACCCGGGGGCUCAGAUGUGUGUCCUCGCUGUGGGAGGACAGUGUACGCAGCCGAGAAGGUUGUCGGAGGAGGCAAUUCCUGGCAUAAAGGCUGCUUUCGCUGCGCCAAGUGUGGCAAAGGCCUCGAGUCCACGACCCUCGCUGAUAGAGACGGGGAGAUCUUCUGUAAAGGUUGCUACGCAAAGAAUUUCGGUCCCAAAGGCUUCGGCUUUGGUCAGGGUGCAGGAGCGCUGGCUCACUCCCAGUAAAGCCUGAAGCCUCAGCCCACCUGAGACCGACUGGUGCUUCGCUUCCAGGAUCCUUCAGUCAAUAUCCGGCCUAUUUUAUUCUGCCCGCUCAUUCCAGCUAAAGGAAUAGAUGAGUGAAAGGAGG